UCUGAAUUGAAAUCGGACGUAUGUAUGUAGUUCGAUUCAGUGGUUUUCUGACUCUUUCUCGCAAGACCUCUUAUGGCCAGAGAGCGAAAGAGAGAACGCCGAGAUCUUGAAACCUUCUACUUGGCCGUCUGUUACAAAUCGAGGAGUCAUAUUGCUUGGCUGGAUCUUGUUCCUGUAUCGCAGUUCUAUUGAUUCAUAGUCGUUGCUCGUGAUCGUUUUCUUAUCGUCUGUGAGGCAUUAAACCUGUGUGCCACAAUGACUGCUCCACCUGCUAGGGCUCGGGCGGACUACGAUUACCUCAUCAAGCUUCUUCUGAUCGGGGACAGCGGUGUCGGAAAGAGUUGCCUCCUUUUGCGUUUCUCUGAUGGUUCCUUCACAACAAGUUUCAUCACCACUAUUGGUAUUGAUUUUAAAAUCAGAACUAUUGAGCUUGAUGGCAAGCGAAUUAAACUACAAAUUUGGGACACCGCUGGUCAGGAGCGCUUUCGAACCAUAACAACUGCAUACUAUCGAGGCGCCAUGGGCAUUCUGCUUGUUUAUGAUGUUACUGAUGAGUCAUCCUUUAACAACAUUAGGAAUUGGAUCCAGAACAUUGAACAACAUGCUUCUGAUAACGUUAACAAGAUUCUUGUUGGUAAUAAAGCUGACAUGGAUGAGAGCAAACGAGCUGUACCGACUGCAAAGGGACAAGCACUUGCUGAUGAAUAUGGGAUUAAGUUUUUUGAAACUAGUGCAAAGACAAAUCUAAAUGUAGAAGAGGUGUUCCUUUCAAUAGCUAGAGAUAUCAAACAGAGAAUUGCAGAGAGUGAUAACAAAUCUGAGGAUCGGACAAUCAAGGUCAACAAAUCAGACCAGUCUGCAACCGAGGCUAAUGCAGCUCAGAAGUCAGCAUGCUGCGGGUCUUGAGAUCAAUCAAAGUGCCACCGAUGAUGGAUUGGAUUAAAUUGGGAUCUAAUUUGCUUGUUAUAGGGGAUGGCAAACCUCCAGUUCCUGCUCUAUUGUGUUUCUGAAACCAGUGUUCUUAGUAUGUAUGAUUUCCCAGGCUGUCAGGUAAGUUGUCCUUUGCCACAGAUUUUACAGGAUAAGAGCAUAUUAUUUUACUAAUUCAGUCCAUUGUCUUCUGCUGUAUUUACGUUUGAAAUGAAAUAUCAAAUUGUUUGCCUUUCUGCA